UCAGCAUUUUAGCUGCUAUUUCUGUUUUAUUAUUGAUAUUUGUUCCAUCAUAUUUCCUAUAUUUGAUAUGAAAAUAUUAUUUUGUUUAUCGAUAAGAUAUGUUUGUAUAACCUUGAACUCAUCAUUAUAUACUUCCUCAUUUGUAGUACUCCUUUAAGCUCUCCCUGAAGAAGAAGGAUAGGCUAUCUAGCAGAGUGGUUGCUAGUUACCUGUCCGAUUUAGGCGCUGACCUUCACCAUCCAAAUAGAGAGACUGUGACCCCACUGGGUCUCAUCAAUAACCCAGAUCUGAUAGAAAAAUUAAAAGCCUUUUUACCACCUCAAUGUACAUAUUGUGAAGCGAAUGCCCCUUCAAAAUUCGUACCAUGUGGACAUGCUCUCCUGUGUCAUGAAUGUUAUGUCACUAUUGCAUGUGAAAAAUGCCCCACUUGUCAACAAGAUAUACGGGGAAGUGAGCCUGAAAUGUUGACAGGGAACGUACCGAAGACAUCACAGCAAGUUGAUGCUCCAACGUUUGGGAAGUUCACCAAGUUGUCGCAGCCUAAACCUUCUGCAUCACAGCCUGAACCUUCUACAUCACAGCAUGAACCUUCUACAUCACAGCAUGAACCUUCUACAUCACAGCAUGAACCUUCUACAUCACAGCAUGAACCUUCUACAUCACAGCCUAAACCUUCUACAUCACAGCAUGAACCUUCUACAUCACAGCCUAAACCUUCCACAUCACAGCCAGAUAAUUCUCAAAAACUGGAGGAGAGGGAUCUCCUGAAGGUGGCACGCCUGUUAGGAUGCAAUUGGUGGCAAGUGGGUAUUUUCUUGGGAAUUGAAAGUACCCAACUGGGACAUAUCCGGUAUGACUUUUCUGGUAAUGUUCAAGAGCAGAGCUUCCAGAUGCUGCUCUUCUGGUCAACACAUUGUGAUCCGCAGGAAGUUACAGUGGAUACAUUGAGGAUAGCUCUUGAAGAAGCUGAGUGCCUUACUGCACUCAAAUGUCUAUCGUUACAUGUAAAGGGAAUUAUUGUAUAAAUGUUGUUUGACCCCAGGUCAACCUUGACCAAGCAAUGAUCUAUGAUCAGAUGUCUCCCAGCUGGGACCAUCCUGCCUUUAUUCUUAAUGUAGAAAACCCAAAGCCACAUUGUCCCACUUGUCCAACUUUAACCCUUUAGUGCUUAAACCGGUCAUAUCUGGCCAAAAUAUUCUACCUGUUUUAUGUUCAAACUAGUCAGAUAUGGUCAUUCAUAGCUACCUUAUUGUGUCAUUUUAAAAUUAAACAAUCGCAUAAUUGAAAUCUCAAAGCCAUGAAAUGAUGCAGGAUUAAUUUUACAUGGUGUGAAUACAUAAGCUUUACAUUUGGCAGAAUAAUCUGAGUGCUAAAGGGUUUAGGGUGAGGUGUGAAUUUUGGUAAAUUUGGUUACUAAUUCUAGCAGAUCUGUCAACCAAAUAAAGACCACUUCACUGGUUUGGCUCUUUUAUUAGUAAUUAACUUUUAAAAUAAAGAUAAACUUUGAAAUGUUCAA